AUGACAGAAGAAAUAACAUAUGCUAAUCUGACAUUUGGAAACAGCCAUGAACUGGAUAAUAUUGCAGAGUCUAAAGAUACUAAGGAAAAAGGGCCUCCCACCUUGUCCCGCUCUUGCUGGCCAGUAGUCCUGAUUUUGUUCACACUGUGCCUGGCAUUGCUGAUGGCGUUGGUGACCCUGGCAGUUUUAUUUUUCCAGAUUGCCAAGGACUACAAGACACAACUCAGAGAUCUCAACAUGACGAAGAAUGAGCUGCAUGCAAAUUUCUCAAAUAUGCUGCGAGCAAUAGGAAAUCAGUUGUGUUUGGAAGGGGAAAAAGACCUUAAAAAUAAUGGCCAGAACUGUGUACUCUGCCCUGCAAGCUGGAAGUGGGAAGGUGGCGAUAUGUGUUACUACUACUCCGAGGAACAGAUGUCAUGGGAACAGAGUCACCAGUUUUGUUCCUCACAAAACUCUACUCUUCUUCUGAUAAAAGAAGCAGCAAAGCUGGAAUUGGUAAAAAAAUUUCCUGUGAAAACAUACUGGCUUGGAUUAACAUUCAGAGCUGAACAGAAAGGCUUGUAUUGGACAGACAACACAGCUCUUACAGAAGAACAAAAGUCUUGGGUAAAUCAUGUAAGCUCCUUCCAAUCCUGUGGAUAUUUUUAUUACACUUCCAUAUACAGCCAACCAUGUAAAGGUGAUCUUUACUAUGUCUGUGAAAAGCCCGCCAUCCAGUUACGGCGAGGUAACAACCAUUGGCAGGAGGACUGGUUUGUCAGACCAAAAUGA